UGCUUUUCUUGAAGAGAAGUACAAAGAGUUUUAAUAGUGUGGGGGCUUUAGAAACUUUUUUAGACAAUCCAUUUCAGUCUCUUUUUCACACAAUUUGCUUACCUACUUUCAAUCUACUACACAAUUCCUAAAAGAAGAAAGAACUAUAUAUCAAUCACAUUAACAUAAUUUCCCACAAAAUUCAUCUCAUUUCUUGCCAUUGUUCUCUCCAUAAACAUACCCCAAAUCUCAAUUUUUUCUUACAAAUUAUUGAAUAAUCCAUCUUCCUAUAAAUUUUAAGAAAUUGACCGAGCUUCUCACGACCAAAUUGAAUAUUUUUUUGAACCACGAUAAAAUUUCUUUAUACUGUCAGUGUGGCAAAGAAUGUCGAAGGUAGUAGCGGAGAAUAUAUUACGAGGUGGACAGAGUGAACAAUUUUAUGAUCCAAGAGUACAAUCAAUGGAGAUGUCACAACCAAGCGCGUACUCAUCACCUACUCUCGGUCAAUUAUUAAAGCGCGUGGGUGAUGUUCGAAAAGAAGUCACCGGAGAUGAAACUCCGGUCCAUCAAGUACUCGAUAUGAGUAGUGAUAACCAAAGCAUUGGAUCACCUCACGCGCUUCCUUUUGUACUCUCUUUCAAUAACCUCACAUACAGCGUAAAAACUCGUCGGAAAGUGACUUUUCCAGCAAUUCUCCGGCGACCACAUGCCGGAGCUGCCCCGGGGAUAGGUGAUCCCGUCCCCGAGGAAAAUGUGUUCACGAGGACGAAAGUCCUCCUGAACGACAUCUCUGGGGAGGCUCGGGACGGCGAGAUAGUCGCCGUCCUGGGAGCCUCAGGGUCGGGGAAAUCGACCCUUAUUGAUGGGCUAGCGAACCGUAUAGCGAAAGAGAGUUUAAAAGGGACGAUAAGGUUGAAUGGAGAACCACUUGAUUCGAGAUUGUUGAAAGUAAUAUCAGCAUAUGUCAUGCAAGAUGAUCUUUUGUAUCCAAUGUUGACAGUUGAAGAGACGUUGAUGUUUGCGGCAGAAUUCAGAUUGCCUCGUACUUUAUCUAAAUCAAAGAAGAAAAUGAGAGUACAAGCUUUGAUUGAUCAGUUGGGGUUACGGAAUGCAGCAAAAACUAUUAUAGGAGAUGAGGGUCAUCGUGGAGUGUCAGGCGGUGAACGACGGCGAGUUUCCAUCGGAAUUGAUAUUAUUCAUGACCCCAUCAUCUUGUUUCUUGAUGAGCCAACUUCAGGACUUGAUUCCACUAGUGCAUUCAUGGUGGUGAAGGUCCUUCAAAGAAUUGCUCAAAGUGGAAGUAUUGUGGUCAUGUCAAUUCACCAGCCAAGUUAUCGGAUUCUUGGUUUAUUGGAUCGGAUGCUCUUCUUGUCCCGUGGGCAAACAGUUUAUAGUGGAUCGCCUAUGAACCUUCCACAUUUCUUUGCCGAUUUUGGUCACCCGAUACCAGACACUGAAAAUCGGACAGAGUUUGCCCUGGACCUGAUCCGCGAGCUAGAAGGGUCCCCAGGAGGGACUAAAAGCUUGGUUGAGUUCAACAAAACGUGGCAAAAUACCAAAAGUAGCAAUCAGAAUCCCGAAACAGCAACACCUACCCAUGGAUUAUCAUUGAAGGAAGCAAUUAGUGCAAGCAUUUCUAGAGGGAAAUUGGUUUCAGGAACAACAAGUGAUAUUCAUACUGGUCCUACUUCAUUGGUUCCUACUUACGCGAAUCCAUUUUGGGUCGAAAUGGUUACCUUGUCCAAGAGAUCAUUCACGAAUUCAUGGAGGGUGCCCGAGCUUUUUGGCAUUCGUUUAGGGGCAGUCAUGGUCACGGGUUUCAUCCUGGCAACCAUGUUUUGGAAACUUGACAAUUCCCCUAAAGGGGUUCAAGAAAGACUUGGUUUCUUCGCAUUCGCGAUGUCAACAACUUUCUACACUUGUGCUGACGCGUUGCCCGUCUUUCUCCAAGAAAGGUACAUUUUCAUGAGGGAGACAGCUUAUAAUGCUUAUAGGAGAUCUUCCUAUUGUCUCUCUCAUGCGAUAGUUUCUUUGCCAGCAUUGAUCUUCCUUUCAUUUGCAUUUGCUGCCAUAACUUUUUGGGCUGUGGGCCUUGAUGGUGGAUUUUCGGGCUUCUUAUUCUAUUUCGGGGUAAUCCUGGCUUCUUUCUGGGCCGGGAAUUCAUUUGUCUCGUUCCUCUCCGGUGUAGUCCCCAGUGUCAUGUUAGGUUACACGAUCGUUGUUGCGAUCCUAGCCUAUUUCUUGCUCUUUAGUGGAUUCUUCAUGAAUCGCGACCGGAUCCCACCUUAUUGGAUAUGGUUUCACUAUUUCUCUCUAGUGAAAUACCCUUAUGAAGCUGUGUUACAAAAUGAAUUUGAUGAUCCAACAAAGUGUUUUGUCAGGGGGAUUCAAAUGUUUGAUAAUUCACCACUUGGGAGUGUGCCUAAUGCUUUGAAGGAAAAAUUGUUGAGUACAAUGAGUAACACAUUGAAUGUCAAAAUUACUAGUUCUACUUGUGUGACUACUGGGGCUGAUAUAUUGGUUCAACAAGGGAUAACUGAUUUAAGUAAGUGGAGUUGUUUGUGGAUUUGUAUUGCAUGGGGGUUUUUCUUUAGGGUUUUGUUUUACUUUAGCUUGUUGCUUGGAAGUAAGAACAAGAGAAGGUGAUGUACUACUACUCAGGUUCGUCAAAGGUGAAUUCAAAAUUUGAAUAUAGAUCGAGUUCGAGCUUCAGAUUGGAUUUGUAAGUCCAUUGGUUCUAUGAAGGUGAAUCCAUCUUCGCGCUAAGGGUUGUGUUUGAAUUGUAAACAAUGAAAUCCCUCUUCGGCGGGAUGCUUAUCUUUCUUUCUUUUCUUUUUCUUUUUUGAAGAAAAAUGUGUUUUUUAGAUUUUUCUUUACGUACUCUUUUAUUGUAAAAGAAUAAAUUUGCUUUUUUGACAGUCUGAUUAAUUGAUUAUUAUUUCAAAGUUGAGUUCGAAUUUGAAUAUUGAUCAAGUUCGAGCUUGAGACAUGAUAUAGACGUUUCAUUGCUUCUAUGAUGGAUA